CCGCGUUUCACCAUUGGAUGUUGCGAUACCCAUGCUACCUUCACCCCUGAUCCAAUCAAAGACUACGCAAGCAACAACAGAACAAUCGAGAGGCUGGUAGUUAUUAGCUAGCUACUAUAGUAAAGCGAUUGAAAACCCAAGAGGAUCCGGUUACAACAAGAGGAUAUCCGGGUACAACAAGAGGAUACCCCUGUAGCUAGCUAUAGUUAGGUGGUUGAUCUGUAGAAGCAAGCCAUUUACCAUGAUGACGAUAAGACGACAACUGUUCCCAAUACUACUGUCGCUAUGGGUACUACUGCUGCCCUUGCAUCUCUGCAAUGCCCAAGGCACGAUACUGGAAGUCAUGGAUACGGUGGAAGAGUUGACGACCUUUUCCUUGGCCAUUGACGUUGCCGGUCUGACCGAUUUGCUGAGCGACACGGGGCCGUAUACCGUUUUGGCGCCCAACAAUACGGCCAUGGAGUCACAACUAUCCCCCAAGUACUUGAUGCCCGAAUGGUCGGCUCACUUGACGGAGAUUCUCUUGCAACACGUCGUGGAAGGACCUCCCUUUUUGACGCUCUUUUGGAGAGAAGGACUCACACUGACACCCGUGUCGGGAAGUUCCUUGACGAUUACCAGUACCAAUCCGACCUUUCAAAUCAUCAAUAACGGCGGCGAAGCCAAUGCGACGGUCAUCACACCCAAUCUGCAGGCCGAUAAUGGUGUCAUUCAUAUUGUCGAUCGAGUCAUUAUUCCACCGUCGGCGCGAGAUUCCAUUAUGGAUAUCAUUUCCUUCAUUCCAGAGUUCUUUAGUACCCUCAACAAUUUACUCGUAUUGACUGGAUUGGAUGCAGUUUUGGAUUCCGAAGGACCGUACACCAUGUUUGCACCCAGCAAUGAUGCAUUUGACAAGCUCAGUCCGGAUCUAUUGGCCAAUCUGCAAGAAGAUCCCGCUCAAUUGAGACAAGUAUUGGAAUAUCACAUUGUUCCGGGCAUCUACUUGGUCGAUACACUCAAUCAACCCAAUGUCACCACAUUGCCAACACUGAAUGGGGCGCCCUUGCCCAAACCAGUAGAGAGCAUUCAAUUUGUCGAUCUGCUGGCCACCAAUGGUGUCAUGCACAUUGUGCAAGAUGUACAACUACCUCCUGUCGAGAGUGGUAUUACUACUGGGGCUCCUGCGAUAAUCGGUACGGCGGUACCCGAGACACCUGCGCCAAGUACGUCUGUUCCUGAAACUCCCGCCCCCACUGCGACACUGCAAACACCCGAACCUACAAACGUUCCCGAAACUCCCGUCCCCACACCGCAAACACCCGAACCCACGUCUGUUCCCGCAACUCCCGUCCCCACUGUCGUUGUGACAAAUCCAUUGCCGGAACCCGAAACAGCCGCCCCCGAAACACCGGCUCCUUCCACCAACAAUGUCCGAGAGACACCGGCUCCAGCACCGACGAGUGGUGGUGGGACCAUUGUCGAUAUUGCCAUCGAGGCCAACUUUACCACCAUGGUUUUUGCGCUCAAUCAAACGGAAUGGUACGCAACGCUCGACAACCCUGACGAAGGUCCCUACACAGUCUUUCUCGUCCCGGACGAUGGAUUCGAUACCAUGCCCGACAAAUAUCUACAAGAUCCCGUUACUUGGAACAGCCAUUUGACCAACGUACUGACCUAUCACAUUCUCAAUGGACAAGUACUGGAAUCCGCCUUGACCGUCAAUGCCACCUUUUUCACGCUCAAUGCAAAUAAUAACAUUACCGUCACCAGCCAAGAGCCAUUCCUCCAAGUCAACAAUGUCAACAUUACCGAAACGGACAUUGUAGCCACCAAUGGCAUUGCCCAUGUCGCACAAGAGAUUUGGUUGCCGCCUUCGGCGGUGGAUACGGCAUUGGAUGUCAUUACUCAGUUUCCCGAUGAGUUUUCCACCUUUUUGUCACUGUUGGAACAGGCCAACUUGACCAGUCUCUUUGCGGGUCCUGGACCACUCACGGCCUUUGUCCCGGUCAAUGAUGCGUGGGAUAACUUGCCCGAAAAUGUCACGCUCGAGAGUUUGACCGACAAUCCCGGCCUUCUGGAACGACUCAUUUUGUAUCAUGGGACGCCUCAAUUGGCGGAAAUUGGCUCUCUGAAUAUCUUGGAUUCCUAUGAAAUUCCAACCUUUCUCGAGGGUGCCAAUGUGACCCUUUCAAGAGUCCCCAUGAUCGGGCUACCCCUGUCUUCCCGCGUCAACGGGGCUGCUGUACCGUUCUUUGAUUUGCUCGUGCAAAAUGGAUUGGUUCAAGUGAUUGACGCGGUACUGAUACCACCGCCACCGCCUGAAACCGAAGAACCCACCAUGAUGGAUUCCACCAUGAUACCGACGGAAUUGGCAACCACGGAAUCACCAACCGCGGCAGCGACGGCACAGGCAACAGAAGUGCCCACAGUCAUGGAAACUAUUCCGAUCACUGGAUCUCCCACAGGCAUGCCUUCGCUGGUGGUGGAGGCAACCUCGUCGCCCACAAUCACGGUAACGGAAGUGUCGACAACCGACUCUCCCACUGCGGCUGUCACAUCGUCUCCCACGGCAGAAGAAACGAUUGCCAUGACCACAUUGAUGCCCUCGACCGGUGGUGAUAGUUCUCCUGGUGAAGGUGCCAUGACUCUACCGCCCACAGUAGGCACAACCGAUGCCGAGCUGUCCAUUUUGGAUGUAAUUGAAGGCGACGAGGACUUUUCGAUCCUCAAUGAUCUCAUCAUUCAGACGGAUUUGGACACUGUUUUCGAAACCGAGGGACCAAUGACGGUAUUCGCACCCAACAAUGAAGCAUUUGCGUUGCUGCCCGACGAUGUAUUGCAAACCAUCCAAACCGACGUGGAUGCUCUGAGAGAUGUGCUCCUCUAUCACGUCGUUGAUAUGGAUGAGGUUCUUUCGUCCGAACUUACCGAAGGCGCCGUGUAUCCAACAGCUCAGGGCAACACUGUCAUGAUAUCCACGGAUGGUUCCAUUAUCAUGGUCAACGACGCUACGGUGCUCAUUCCCGAUAUCGUUGUGUCCAAUGGUGUGAUCCACGUGAUUGACAUGGUGCUCAUCCCUCCAUCCACCGAAACCCCCACCAUCUCUCCUGUCGCCACCGAAGCCCCUACCAUCUCUCCGGUCGCCACCGCUACCGAUGAGCCUUCUGUAUCUCCCAUUGCCACUACAACCGAUGCCCCUUCGGCUCCUCCUGCGCCCACCAAUGUACCGUCGACGGCUACAUCGUCACCUUCGGAACGCCCCGUGGCAGGGACACCUCCUCCCACCACCACCGAUGUGGUCGUGACGACUCCACCCGUGGCAGGGACACCUCCACCGGUUGCCCCACCCUUUGGCGUACCGGCUACGCUGUCCCCUUCGAGCGCCGAGUGUGUGGCUAUUCCCGGACAAGUGGUGUGUUGUCCACCGGGUCAAACAGAGGGCAUUUACUUCUUUUGUCGGUAUAUAUAGCUAGUCUUGGCUAGUACGUGUUUUGUUUGUCCGGGGCUGAUGGAUGUGCGCAAGAAUGAUCGUGCACUUUUCGCAUAUAUUUUUGAAUGUCACUGUGGUAAUUGUAAAAGCACUAUUUUCUUCUUU